AUGCCCGAGCGCUCCGAGGCCGAGCUCAAGGCCGAGAUCGCCGCCCUGGAGGAGCAGCUCAAGGGCCUCAACCAGGAGGCCGCGGAGCGCCAGGAGGCCCUGGACAGCGCUCGGUCCGCCAAGUCCGCCCCGCCGGACGACGACGAGGACGACAGCGAGGAGGCGCCGGAGACGACGGCCGCGGCGUCGAAGAAGAAGUCGCGGCGCGGCGGGAAGAAGAAGAAGAAGAAGGUCGAGGAGCCCGAGGAGCUGGCGUACUGUAAAGCCGAGGUCGCGAGUUGCCCCCAAAACGCGCAGUGCCGCCUCGACCUGAGCAGGGCCUACGAGGACUGCGGCCGCUUCCGCGAGGCCUACGCCGAGGCGCGCGCCGCGACGACCUUCAUCAAGACCUACGGCCGCGCCUGGAAGGCGCGGAAGCGCCUCGAGCUCCUGCUCGAAGCGGCGAAGAUCCCCUUCGACGACGACGACGCGCCGUUCCACGCGACGCCGCCGGACGCGGCGCCCGCCGCCGACGACGGGCCCGCGGCGCCCAUCGCGUCCGACGCCGCCGACGCCGCGGCCAAGGCCGCGGCGGAGAAGGCCGCGGGGAACGCGCAUUUCGUCGCGAAGCGGCACGCGGAGGCCGUCGUCCACUGGACCUUCGCCAUCGACCUCCUCAAGAAAUGGGACGCGCCCGUGGACGCCAAGCUCUACAGCAACCGCGCCGCGGCGAACCUGGCGCUGAAGAAGCACGUCUGCGCGGCGACGGACGGGAAUCUGGCGGUCGACGCGGACCCGGCGUGGUGGAAGGGCCACUGGUACUUCGGCCAGGCGACGCUCGAGCUCGUCAAGGCCUCGGCGGCGCAGCGCGGCGCCUGCACGUCCAACGGCGAGCGCGCCCAGGAGGCCUACCGCGCGUUCGUCAAGUGCGCGGAGUGCGACUCCGUGCCCGCGAACAAGCGCGCGGAGGCCGCGACCUUGAGCUGCAGCGCCGCGAAGGAGGCGAAGAUGAGGCCCGUCGACACCAUGGGUCCGGCCUGCAUCUGGAAGCCCAUCUCGCCCGCGGCGACGUGCAGCCGCGCGCCGCGGCGCGCGGCCCGUGGCAUGACGCCCGUGGCCCCCGGCGACGAGCCGGGCUCGCCCGCGGACUCGCUGCCCCCGCGGCCCCAGACGACGGGCCGGCGCCGCGCCGUCGACGACGACGACGCGUCCUUCGCCCAGGACGAGGACCAGGAGAACGACCGCCGCAUGCUCAAGGCGCUGGCCACGAAGCGCGCCGAGUCCGCCAAGGCCUCCGGCGGCAAGCGCGGCGGGCCGCGGCGGCUCCGGCCCAUGGCGCCGAUCCUGAACGCGGCGCCGCCGCACCCGGCCGCGCCGGCGAAGGUCCCGCCGGCGCGGAAGCCGUCGCCGCCGCCGGAGAAGCGGCCCCCGCGGGCGCUGCGCGUCGACGACGUCGAGGGCCUCAAGACGCUGGAGCUGAAGCGCGAAUUGGACGCGCGGAAGCUCGAGAGCACCGGUCUACGGAGCGCGCUCGCGAGCCGGCUCAAGGCCGCGGUGCUCGCGGAGGGCCGCGGCGACGACGCGCCCGCGCCGCCGGAAAAGAAGAAGACGGGCACGGGCGACGGCCGCUUCGUCAUCCGCGACUUCCAGACGGACGUGGACGGCGACCGCGUCGCCUUCGGCCACGCGUGCGUCUGGCGCGUCGACCGCGCGGAGCACGGCUCCGUGGAGUACAACCUGUCCUGCGGCCGCGUCGUCGGCGCGAAGAUCGAGGGCGGCGAGGUCUUUUGCGCGGCGCCGCCGCUGACGCGGGGCGAGUCCUACGAGCACACGUUCGACGACGUCGGCACGUACGUCGUCACCGAUCCGGCCUACGGUUUGGAGUGCACCGUCGAGGUCUACGCCGUCACGGGCAUGAAGGAGCUGCGGGAGAAGGUCGCCCGCGAGAAGCGCGUGCGCGCCAACGAGGCCGCGGCCGCCGAGGAGCGCAAAGCCGACGCCGCGCGCGCGGAGGCCGAGCGGCUCCGGCGGCUCGAGGAGCGGCAGCUCGAGGAGGCGGACCGCGCGGCCGAGGCCGAGGCGGAGCGCGAGCGCAACGACCCGCGGCUCCGCGCCGAGGCCGAGGAGCGGCGCAUGAGCGCCGUCUACGAGAGCAUGGCGCUCAUGGCGAACCGACCCAAGCCGUCCGCGCGCGAGCGGCCGCAGACGGCCGAGUCGCCGCCGAAGCGGGCCGGCGCCAAAAAGUUCUCGCGGUUGCGCUCCAUGCUCGACGAGGCGCGCGACGCGGGCGACUUUGGGGCCGUCGAGGCCGCGCGGGAGCAGCCGAGCCACCUCGCCAUGCCCCUGCCGGGCCUCCGGAAGCCGCUCUACUCGGCCGACCGGCCCGCGCCCGUCUUCGGCGGCGCGACGCCCCCGACGCUGACGCCCCAGAAGCCCACCGCCGACAAGCCCCGGGCGAGCGCGCCGGAGCCGGCGACCGCGGAGCCGGAGCCCGCGCGGGCGGCCGGACGCGCCGGCGACGAAUUCGCGCGCGAGAUGGAGGCCAUCGACCGGCGCUACGACGCGCCCGCGCGGCCCGCGCCGCCGCGCCAGGACUCGAACGCGUCGUCCUUCGCCGACGACUCCGACGAGGACGGGCCCGCGCCGCCGCCGCCGCGGCGCGCGGCGCCCGAGCCCGAGCCCGAGCCCGAGGCGCCCGCGACGGUGUCGGGCUGCCACGCGGAGAUGGUCGUCCACGACACGACCUUCGCGCCCGCGAAGGCGCGCACGGCGCCCGGCGUCGAGUUCGCCGUCGUCAUCGACGCCGACGAGCUCGGCUACGUCGAGUACCAGUUCCGCUGCGACCGCGUGCUCGACGGCACCCCCGCGACGCGGACCCUCGCCUUCGAGACGGACAUCAUGUGCGCGGGCGACGUCUUCACGCACAUCUUCCAGGACGAGGGCCGCUACGAGAUCUACGACGUCGACGCCGAGGACGCGCCGGGCCACAUCCGCGUCCUCGAGCGCCGCGUCCGCGAGACGGACACGUACUUCUCCGCCGUCGCCGUGGUCCACGGCGUGGAGCUCGGCCGGCCCGUGGGCGACGUCCUCGCCUACUACGCCAUCCUCGCGCCGAACCCGAGCUACGCGGCCCUCCUCCACAACACGCCGUCCGCCCCCGAGACCCGUGAUCGGCGCAUCCAAGUAAUGUGA